GGAUCAGGUCUGACCUCAACAGCCUCCAGAGGCAGCGGGUGCUGUCGUUGUUUUCAAACAUCACAGCGUUUGCUUGAGAGACCUUGCUGAGAGCUUUGCAGGUGCUUUGAGUUCUUGACCUCAGAGCUGGGGAGGCUCCAGACAGAUGAGUAGAGAGCUGGUUGCAGAAGAGGGACAGAUUCCAGUUUGCCAGCUGAUCACCGUGUACAGAGUGCCUGCAGGCCUGAGUGCAGCUUAGACCCCCAGCUAGGCAUGGCAGGAGAGCGUGGCGAGAGACUGGACCGAGCCUAAAGAUGCUCUGGAGGAAUUUCAGAGUAAGGAAACGUAGUGAGUGACAGGAAAGGGACAGAACCUGCAGCCACGUGGCACCGACAGCAAUAAACCUGGGGAGGGAAACCCUUGAGAUCAGCGCUGGGAGAAAGAAGAGAGGUGGCGAAGGAGUCGAUGUGGGAUGUGGGACAGGUCUGAGCCAAGGAGCUGAGGGACAACAGGAAUGGCAGAGCUUCACCCUCCCAGCAGCGAUGAGAGAGACUGACAGUGCUACGAGUCCCUUCUGGCUCCUUCUGCACCACGGCUGCCGCCUCUGCAUAUUCAUGGAUGGUAAUGCAGGAUGUCGGCAGCAGCGGUAGAGUUUGGCUCGGUCCCACUGCGUUCUCCUUCUGCCGGUUGCGACUCUGAAUCACCAUGACAACGCUGUGACACUUCCAGCAAAGGUUGCCUGCGGACCAGGGGUGGGCUGGGGGUGGGCGAGAAGGUCAAUGACCGAGUCUAACGGGAUCAGAAGUUGCGCCUGCAGCAAAACGACCGUGGAAGAGCCGCCGGCACGGCAAGAAGAUGAAAUUCCCCUUCCAUUGGCUGCUCGUUAAGCAGGCACAAUAACAUUUCCCUUGGAGAGACUCGCUAUAAAAACUCCUUUGGUUAUGGCUACUGAUCCAACGUGAGAUUGUGCGCGCGGCGGCUUUGGAACUCAUGACUGGCUAUACGAUGUUGCGCAAUGGGGGAGUGGGGAACGGAGGCCAGCCGUGGGUGUUGAGGUGGUCCAGUCGGAUCCGGCUCACCUGGCUCAGCUUCACCCUCUUCGUCAUCCUCGUUUUCUUCCCCCUCAUUGCCCACUACUACCUGACCACCAUCGACGACGCGGACGAUGCCGGCAAGCGCAUCUUUGGCCCCCGCACCGGCAACGAGCUGUGCGAGGUGAAGCACGUGCAGGACCUGUGCCGCAUCCGCGAGUCGGUCAGCGAGGAGCUGCUCCAGCUCGAGGCCAAGCGGCAGGAGCUCAACAGCGAGAUCGCCAAGCUCAACUUGAAGAUCGAGGCCUGCAAGAAGAGCAUUGAAAAUGCCAAGCAGGACCUGCUGCAGCUGAAGAACGUCAUCAGUCAGACUGAGCAUUCCUACAAAGAGCUGAUGGCUCAGAACCAGCCCAAGCUCUCGUUGCCCAUCCGGCUGCUGCCAGACAAGGACGAUGCGACCUUCCCCCUGCCAAAAUCCAACAGGAACUGCAGGCUGCACAACUGCUUUGACUACUCACGCUGCCCGCUGACGUCUGGCUUUCCAGUCUAUGUCUACAACAGUGACGAUUACCCUUUUGGUACUUCCUUAGACCCUUUAAUUAAACAGGCCUUUGAGGCGACCGUCAGAACUAACGUUUAUGUUACUGAAAAUGCAGAUAUUGCUUGUGUGUAUAUAAUUUUAGUGGGGGAAAUGCAAGAGCCCGUAAUGCCAAAACCUACUGAACUAGAGCAACAGUUGCACUCUUUGCCGUACUGGAGGACUGAUGGACACAACCAUCUCAUCAUCAAUCUAUCGAGGAAGUCGGAAACUCAGAACUUCAUUUACAACAUCAGCACGGGGCGCGCCAUGAUCGCCCAGUCCACCUUUUACGACGCCCAGUAUCGACCGGGGUUUGACAUCGUGGUGUCACCUCUGGUCCACGCCAUGUCCGAGCCCAACUUCCUAGAAAUCCCGCCCCAGGUGCCGGUCAAGCGUAAGUACCUGUUCAGUUUCCAGGGGGAGAAGAUCGAGUCUCUCCGCUCCAGCUUGCAGGAGGUUCGCUCUUUCGAAGAGGAGAUCGAAGGCAACGCCCCGGCCGACUACGACGACCGGAUCAUCACCACCUUGAAGGCUGUUCAGGACAGCAAGCUGGACUUUGUUCUGGUGGAGUUCACGUGUAAGAACCAGCCUAAGGCGAGUCUGCCCACUGAGUGGGCUCUGUGUGGAGAAAGGGACGACAGACUAGAGCUACUGAAGCUUUCUACUUUUGCACUGAUCAUCACCCCCGGGGACACCCGUUUAGUGAUCUCCGCCGGGUGUACCAUGAGACUGUUUGAGGCUCUGGAGGUCGGGGCCAUCCCGGUGGUUCUCGGAGAGCAGGUUCAGCUACCCUACAACGACGUGAUCCGGUGGAACGAGGCAGCCUUAAUUAUACCAAAGCCACGUAUCACAGAAGUGCACUUUCUUCUGAGAAGCAUUUCUGACAACGAUCUCCUUGCCAUGAGGAGGCAGGGCCGCUUCUUGUGGGAGACCUACUUCUCCACCUCCGACAACGUCUUCAGCACAGUCUUAGCUAUCAUAAGGACUCGAAUCCAAAUCCCCGCUGCUCCUAUCCGAGAGGAACCCGCCGUGGAGAUCCCCCACCGCUCUGGCAAAGCUGCUGGUACAGACCCCAACAUGGCAGACAAUGGUGACCUGGACUUGGGGCCUGUGGAAACGGAACCACCCUACGCCUCUCCCAAAUAUCUCCGCAAUUUCACCCUCACCGCAAUGGAUAUCUACAGGAAUUGGAAUUCUGCCCCGGGGCCUUUCCACCUCUUCCCCUACACUCCCUUUGACCCCGUUUUACCAUCAGAAGCAAAAUUUUUGGGGUCUGGGACUGGAUUUCGACCAAUUGGUGGAGGAGCGGGUGGCUCUGGGAAGGAGUUCCAGGCUGCUUUGGGUGGCAACGUCCCGCGGGAGCAGUUCACGGUGGUGAUGUUGACUUACGAGCGGGAGGAAGUGUUGAUGAACUCCCUAGAAAGGCUCAAUGGUCUCCCCUACUUAAAUAAAGUUGUGGUGGUGUGGAACUCUCCCAAGCUUCCCUCCGAGGAUCUCUUGUGGCCAGACAUUGGUGUCCCAAUCAUGGUCGUGCGCACGGAGAAGAACAGCCUGAACAACCGGUUCCUGCCCUGGGACGAGAUCGAGACCGAGGCCAUCCUGUCCAUCGACGACGACGCCCACCUGCGCCACGACGAGAUCAUGUUUGGCUUCCGGGUGUGGAGAGAGGCCAGGGAUCGCAUCGUGGGUUUCCCGGGGCGCUACCAUGCCUGGGACAUCCCCCACCAGUCCUGGCUCUACAACUCCAACUACUCCUGCGAGCUCUCCAUGGUGCUCACUGGUGCUGCCUUCUUCCACAAGUACUACGCCUACCUGUACUCCUACGUGAUGCCCCAGGCCAUCCGGGACAUGGUGGACGAGUACAUCAACUGCGAGGACAUCGCCAUGAACUUCCUGGUGUCCCACCUGACCAGGAAACCUCCCAUCAAGGUGACCUCCCGCUGGACGUUCCGCUGCCCCGGCUGCCCCCAGGCGCUGUCCCAUGACGAUUCCCACUUCCACGAGCGGCACAAGUGCAUCAACUUCUUCGUGAAGGUGUACGGGUACAUGCCCCUGCUCUACACCCAGUUCCGCGUCGACUCGGUUCUCUUCAAGACCCGCCUGCCCCAUGACAAGACCAAAUGCUUCAAGUUCAUCUAGAGCUGGGAGCAGCUGGACAUUGCCAGCUCCCAGCUGUGGCCGCAGGCGGGGGAGGCCGGCACGGGGCUGCUUUGUUGGGGCUGUGAGAGCAAAAGGCUGUUUGCUCUGGACUCCGGCCUCGCUCCCGCCGGCAAACGGGACGGCCUGGAUUGGGACGGGCACUUCCCCGCGCUCCCAGAGCGGCUCACCCCGACAGGGAAUGGGAUCCUGUGGCUCCUGGAAGGACGCUCCCACGGAUCGUACACUGAGGAAUGGCUCGCUGGCUCUGCCCCUUCGCUAGCCAAGGGCAGCCGUUCUUUUUAAUUAUAAUUAUUGUUAUUUAAAAUGAAAGUGUUUUAGAUUUGCCGCGUGAGGCGCUUUUUUGUUUUCUUUUCUUUUCCCUUCCCUCUCCCCACCUCAUUUCCCCCUCUGGACCCUUCAGCCCAUCCGAAGGGACCGUAGCAAGGCCAGCUCAGAGGUGUUUGGGUGCAGCAUCAGGGCAGCUCCUGUCACCGCUGCUGUCCCCAUCCUUCCUCCUAUGGCACAGCCCUUCCCACCCACCAGAUCCUCCUGGCUUCUCUUGCCCUGUGGCUCCUGCUGAGGCCUGUCAGGUGUCAGAGUGCUCUGCUCCCCACCCUGGGCCCUGGAGAGGGGUGAGGUUGGCCUGGAUGGACGUUCCCAGCUCCAGCUCUGGCCCCGUUCCUGCCGCAGCCCGGGGGGUUCAGUCGCUGCUGUCUCGGUGUCUUUUCCCACCUUGUCCUGCUGAUCCUCUAAAGACAGGGAGCGUGUUUGGGGCUUAGGGAAGAUCCACCUGCAGCACAGCCAGGCCUGGAAGUGCUCCAGGCUCCUGCAGGCUCUGCACCCAGCCUGGGUGAGCCAGAGCUGCAAUUCCUGCUCUGCCUCAUCCCCACCCCAGAGCGCGCCGUGCCCACCUCGGCUUUGCCGUGGGGCUCAGUGUGGCUGCCUUAACCCCCGCCUGGCUUCGGGCUGUAGCCCAGGCUUAAUCCAAACAGGAGCUUCCCAGCGUGUGAUGCCGCUGGGAUCACGUUCACAGCGUGGGUUUGGAGCUGGUUCCUCUCCCCCAGAGCAAAAUGCUGUCACAGUUGUGACCACCUGAGCUCAGCUUGGCCCUCGUGUGGUUCUCCCUCAGCACAUCCCAGGUGUUUGUGAGCAGCCUGGGGAAGCUCUUGCUGGGCAGGUGGGAAGGUGACACUUGUGUGGUCACCUCGAUGUCCCUGGUUUUCCUGGAUGUCACCCCUGGUGUGUGAGAGCAGGGAUGGUCCAGCAGCAGCUCCUGGGCUCGUUCCCAAGGUCAGCCCUGUCCUUGUUCCUCCUGCACCACCUCUUGGGGCCUCUCCAAACUCCCCUAUAGGUUUUCCUAUCAGCACUGACACUUCCUCCCUGGGGAGGGAAGGAGCAGCCUGUUCCCAGCAGAGCCCAUGGCUCGUGCCUUCACCAGCACCACUGACCACAGCAAAACAGGAAUAUUUCCCUGUGUUUCUUUUGCCCUUUAUAUUCCCUUCUUGUUCUAACAUCAGAUGCUCAAAACGCAGCACGUGAAGUCUCACAGUCUCCUUAAAAAUGCCAUGGGAGGAUUCUUUGUGCUGCCCAGAGUGGAAAUGUGGCACUUGUCAGGAGCUGUCAGCUCCAGCAUUCCCGAGGGGCCUGAGCUCUUCUGCCACGGCUUUAAUUCCAGCCUCAUUAGUGGGGGUUCGUUAGCAGCGAUGCCGUGGCUCAGGCACAGCCCAGGGUCAGCUCUGCCCUGCCGGAGCACGGGGUGAUGUGGGCGAGGACUGCACUUUAUCCAAACCCAGGCACUGCUGCAGCCUUCAGGCUUUCCCAAAUGCCAGGGAGAUGUAACUGCAGCGAGAGCCGGGGAACACAGAGGGGACGGGAAGUGUUGGCAUUGCCCAGAGCGUCGUGGGGCUCGGGAUGCUCAGCGUGUCGGAGCCCCAGGCUGGGAAUUCUGCUUCCCCUUGCUCUGUUUCCAUUCGAGGCCAGUUGAGAUCAGGGAUCAGCAGAGCAAAUCCAACUGUUCCCAGGCUCUUUGGCCUUUUUCCCAAGCUGUUUUUUUUCUCUUGGGAUGAUCCCCCUGCCCCUUGUGCUGGAGCAGGAGCAGGAUGUGUGGUGGGAUCUCUCUGCGUGUGGUGGGAUGAAUUCCUCCUUGCUGAGCGCCCCUAAAGGGGAAGGAUUUGGGAGUGAAGGGAUAAAGAGGCUGCUGCUGGGAGAUACCAGGGCAGCAGCAGCGUUGGGAGGGAUGGAAUUCUGUGAGGAAAUGAAAUGUUCCGGCAGGAACAUCUUCCCCACCCACAGGGCUGGUGCUGCCCCUCCCGACCCUUCUGCUGCGGCUUUUCCCAAAUUAUCCCAAACACCACCGAGCCCCCUGGAGAACAGGACCGGCAUUCACAGCCCAGCUUUCUGCUCCUGAGACCUGCCAGGACCUGCCAGGAGGAGAGGGGCUUUUCCAGAGCGCGUUCCCACCCGUGCCACCAUCCCAAACACCUUCCUUGCCACACCCAGCGUUCUCCCGGGGUUUUCAGGGCAUCCCAGGGUCACUCCGAAGCUCAGGUUUGGUUGUACGAUCCCAUCCCAGCUCCUGGGGCUCUUGGCAGCUGCACCUUUUCCCCAGUUCAGGAGUUUCUGCUGCUUCCCCCGGGCACGGAGCGAGGCCUUUCCCGCUGUAAAUAGCAACGACCGAGGUGACAGGGCCCCAGCCCCGGCUGUGUCACACGGCCCCUGCCCUCCCCUUGUGCCCACCGUGCCCUGAGCACCGACAGGAGCUGAGACACAAGGAACACUCCUUCGACACGAGCACAAUGUUGAGGUUUUUUGUAAAAGGUUCCAAUAAAUGGAGAGUUUAACUUGG